CUCCCUUCUCCCCUUUCCUCCCCUCCCCGCAAAGUUCCAUUUUUUGGUUUCUUCUCUUCUUCUUCUUCUUCUUCUUCUUCUUCUUCUCUGUCUCACUCUCCCCUGUUCUAGCUUCCGAAAAUGUCCAUAAACAAUUUCUACCACCAAAUCCCAUCCGAACAGCAGGAGCAGCAACCGCAGUUGUGGUGGCAACAAAUGGACCCAACCCCAACUACAAUCCCAAACGCUUCUUCAUCUUCCUCCAACUCCUCUUCCCCUUCUUCCUCCAAAUUACAAUCUCACCCCUCCAAUUGGCCAACGCCGGCCCCCCACCACCACAACAUCCCCAAUUGGCUCUCCGCCGCCCACAACCAAAUCCAGAACCACAACCACAACCUCAAUUUCAAUCUCAACCACGACGAUGACGACGACGAAUUGGAGGCGGAAAGAGUGGUAGAAGUAGACAAGGAAGGGAUGUUCGAGAAGCCGCUGACGCCGUCGGACGUGGGGAAGCUGAACCGGCUGGUGAUACCAAAGCAGCACGCGGAGCGGUACUUCCCGCUGGCGGGCGAGGCGGUGGAGAAGGGCCUGCUGCUGAGCUUCGAGGACGAGUCGGGGAAAUGCUGGCGGUUCCGCUACUCCUACUGGAACAGCAGCCAGAGCUACGUGCUCACCAAAGGGUGGAGCCGCUACGUGAAGGAGAAGCAGCUGGACGCCGGCGACGUCGUUUUGUUCCAGCGCCACCGCAGCGACGCCCACAGGCUCUUCAUUGCCUGGAGGAGGAGAGGCAGCAGCGCUAAUAAUUCUGAUCAUUAUAGUCAACAGCUUUACAAUCAGGCGGUCGGCAGCGGCGGAGGGGGGUGGGGGAGAGGAGUGGUAGGUGGCUUGAAGGCGGCGCAGCCUUAUCUGGAAGACGGUGGCGGCGGUGGUGGUGGGAUGCGGUCUAAUAAUGUGGGAUACCAACAACCUGAGUGUGUUGAUGCACCAGGAGAGGAUGAGCCAAGUGGAGGCAAGAUGCUGAGGCUGUUCGGUGUGAACAUGGAGUGGCAGCCGGAAUAUCAGUGUUCGUCGGUGGCCGAGCCUACUUCUUCUGCAGCACUUCAUCUACUUGAUCAUGAUAACUAGACUUCUCCCCUCCUCAGGAUGAGAUACACUUGACGACUUGAUUCCACACAAACAGGAGAAAAAGAAUAGGGAGGGAAAUUAUUGCCCCCCUUUUUUUAAUUCUCCAUUUCUGGCUGGGCUUACGAGCUGGCUCCUGAUGAUCAUAUGAGGAUUAUCAAAAAAAAAAAAAAGGAAGAAAAGAGAUAGGGACUAGUUGAUACAGAUAGUGCCCUAAUUAAUUUGAUAAUUAGGUUUUGUUAGUGUCUCUUAUGGUGAGACAGAUUGUUAUAAUUAGGCAUGCACAUGUGUCGAAUUUGCAAUUAAAGAUUACUCUGCAA